GAACGCGCAACCCCUUCCGAGUUUGUCUUGCCCCUGGAAUUGUUGUGUUGUCGUCAUGUAGGUAGGCAAGGCUAGUAAGUAUGUCUUGUAUUGUUUAUGUGUGUAGUCAAAGUAGGUAUGUAUGUCAUGGAUGUAUUGCUACGUAAGUUCCGUCCCCAAUAUCUUGGGCAAUAUGCAGGUAUAUAGAUUGAUGGGAGCUGCACGUUCGACGCGGGCGCCGCCACCCUUUUCGUGCUUCAUUUGAGUGACCCGACAGAGAUUGCUGUGCGACUGUUAAUUAGAGAAAGCCGACGUCGACGCCGACGCCGUUAUCCCACGAUGGAGUCCUCCAUGUAUACGUUUCUAUCGAGCGUAGCGAAGCGACAGUCCCUCGAGGGACCCGGGAAGCCUUCCGGGGAGGUUACGGAUGCGUACCCCUAUUCGCCUCUGCAGCACGGCGGGUUCUUCAUCUUGUUCUUCUUCCCUGCGACCGCGCUUCUGGUGGUGGCUCUAAGGAUCUACGGUAGAGUGAGGAGUAGACAGUUCGGAUGGGACGAUGCUUUGGCGUGUAUGGCUAUGGUGUUUUCAAUCGCCGAGACGGGAUGCUCUUACAUGGCGAUGCGGACCGCGUUCCUAGGCGUCCACGUUUACGAUAUCCCAAUGACGGCCGACGUUAGUCUCGGGAUGUACUGGAAUUACGUGAUACAGAUCCUCUACAAUCCAAUACUGGCCCUAGUCAAAUGCUCUGUGUUGAUGUUCUUACUAAGGAUAGGGGGGCAGAGGAGGAAGAUCAGAUAUUCCAUACACGCGCUCAACUUCUUCAAUAUCGGGCUGAUGAUCGCGAUCUUUGUCACUGUCAUAUUUCAAUGCUCGCCAAUUUCUUAUUUUUGGGAGCGCAUAACCAAUCCGACGCUGGAGGGCACGUGCAUCGACACAGGUGUAUUCUACGUUACGACAGCUUCCUUGACGAUAUUUACUGAUGUGUUGGUUCUCGCACUUCCUAUCUGGAUCUUCAUAGGAUUGAAAAUGGCGCCUAAGGUUAAGUUCGCUAUAAUGGUGGUGUUCCUUCUUGGAGCCAUCGUUACGAUCGUUAGUAUUCUCCGAAUGUUAUGGAUUGUGGAGACUUCUUUAUACCCAAUGAAGUAUGACUACUCUUACGACAUCCGAUUUACGUACUCUGCUGUCGAGACAAACUUGGCGAUUAUCACGGCGUCGGGCCCGGCCCUACGGCCAUUGGCUAUGGCUUGGUUCCCCCGGUUCUUCUCCUCGCUGCGCGGGACCUCGAACCAAAACUACCGCUAUCAAGAUGGUCCUUACGCAUUAAACGGCACGGGGAAUAGCAAGAAGACCCCAGCCCCAGCAGGUAGCAGCUCUAAGGGAGACCACAUGUACGGCACAUCGUCGUUCGCACUCAGGGAUAUGAAGAGGCGAACAGAGAUACGGAGUUACUCACCGACGACUAGUGAGGAGGAGAUUAUGACAUGUAAUGGUAUUAUACGGACAACAGAGGUUGAUAUCGAGUUUGGUACAAGGCCACCCUCAUCACCACGUCAACAUUGAGCACUUCACCGGGUAAGGAAAAUAGGGGACUGGGGCGGUAAUGACUUAAUACGAAUGGAAUGUAUAUAGGAAUAAUGAAAACAUGCGAGGUCUGGAUUACCUUGCUGUAAAUAGGAAUGAAUUCUCAAUAUUCGUAGGA